CUCUACGUUUCUGAACGCGAGGGCAGCGAUUCCACUGGCGAUGGCACCCAGAAGAAACCGUUCAAGACCGUUCUCAAGGCGCUGAUGACAGCAGGAAAGGAGCCCUUUCCUACUAUUUACGUGGAUUCUCAGAAGGAAAACGAGAGAUGGGCCAUUAUUUCCAAGUCACAGAUGAAGAAUGUCAAAAAGCUGUGGCACAGGGAGCAGAUGAAGAACGAAGCCAAGGAGAAGAAGGAGGCAGAAGAUCUUUUAAGAAGGGAGAAGAACCUGGAGGAAGCUAAGAAGGUUGUAAUCAAGAAUGAUCCUGAUCUUCCAGAGCCUAAAUGUGUGAAGAUUGAUGCUCUGGAGGCUUACAGAGGGCAGAGAGUGAAGGUGUUUGGCUGGAUUCACAGGUUACGGAGGCAAGGAAAGAAUCUGAUGUUUGUUGUUCUGAGAGAUGGCACAGGGUUUCUCCAGUGUGUCCUUUCGGAUGAGCUGUGUCAGUGUUACAACGGGCUCGUUCUCUCCACGGAGAGCAGUGUGGCAGUGUAUGGGAUGCUGAACCUCGUUCCUGAAGGCAAGCAGGCUCCGGGAGGCCACGAGCUGAACUGUGAUUAUUGGGAGCUUAUUGGUCUGGCCCCAGCAGGAGGGGCUGACAAUCUCCUCAACGAGGAUUCGGAGGUUGAUGUGCAGCUUAACAACAGGCACAUGAUGAUUCGAGGCGAGAACAUGUCCAAAAUCUUCAAGGUGCGCUCCAUGGUCGUCCAGGCCUUCAGGGAUCACUUCUUUGCCAAUGGAUAUUAUGAAGUAACACCACCAACUCUAGUGCAGACGCAGGUGGAAGGAGGCUCAACCCUGUUCAAACUGGAUUAUUUUGGUGAAGAGGCGUAUUUAACGCAGUCCUCCCAGCUCUACCUGGAGACCUGCAUCCCAGCGCUGGGAGAUGUUUUCUGUGUCGCCCAGUCGUACAGAGCGGAGCAAUCCAGGACCCGCAGGCACUUGGCAGAAUACACUCACAUUGAAGCUGAAUGUCCUUUUAUAAGUUUUGAGAAUUUGCUGGAGCGUCUGGAGAGUUUGGUUUGCGACGUAGUGGACAGAGUCUUGAAGUCGCCGGCGUCGAGCUUGCUGUAUGACCUCAACCCGGGCUUCCAGCCCCCGAAACGCCCUUUCCGACGGAUGAACUACAGCGAAGCCAUCGAGUGGCUGAAGGAGCACGAUGUGAAGAAGGAGGAUGGCACGUACUAUGAGUUUGGGGAAGAUAUUCCUGAAGCUCCCGAGCGACUGAUGACAGACACCAUCAAUGAGCCGAUCCUGUUGUGCCGAUUCCCUGCAGAGAUCAAGUCUUUCUACAUGCAGCGCUGCCACGACGAUUCCCGCCUCACCGAAUCUGUGGACGUGUUGAUGCCCAACGUUGGUGAGAUUGUUGGAGGCUCCAUGCGUAUCUGGGACAGCGAGGAGCUGCUCGAGGGCUAUAAGAGGGAGGGCAUUGAUCCCACGCCCUACUACUGGUACACGGACCAGAGAAAAUAUGGUACAUGCCCUCACGGUGGAUAUGGUUUGGGACUGGAACGGUUCCUGACCUGGAUUCUGAACAGACACCAUAUCCGAGAUGUCUGUCUCUACCCACGCUUCGUCCAGCGCUGCAAACCUUAG